AUGUCGUGUUAUGAUGUCAUGGUGUAUGGUGUGGAGCGGCGGUGUAAUGUAAUGACCAACACACAGGCGCCUGCAGAGGUGGUGGACUGCAGCAAUCCGCGCUACUCCAAGUACUAUGUCAUUGUCAUUCAGUACUCAGCACGGCUGAAUGCGGAGAAGGUGCGCAACUUUGUGUACGCACUCAACAAUGGCACCGUGCCCAAGAAGCGCAUCAACAGUGAGUGCUCCUCACAUGCGACUUGA